CGUCAGUAAUUGGCAGACUGCGUUAACAUGAUGAAGCUGUCUGUGGUGUUCUUGAUGAUGCACUUGUGUUGGCCUGGCUCUAAGGCUGGGAAAGGGUGCCAUGACCCUGAUUUGCUGGAAAGAGCAGAAGUGGCUCUAGAUAGAAUCAAUAAAGAUAGAAAAGAAGGAUAUAUACUAAAACUGGACCGACUUUAUGACUUCAGCAUGGAGCCAAAGGGAGAAAAUUACAACUUCUUCAUGGAUGUGGUGGAGACGAAGUGCCAUGUUCUGAGCAGAAAACCAUUUAAGUCAUGUGAGAUCUAUGGUUCUGUUGGUGUAGAAGUUUAUGGACGCUGUACGAUAUCAAAGGCUCCACAUGACAUGACAACAAGAUACCACUGUGUUCUUUUAAAAGUGAAACCAUCAGCCAUCGUUGGGGUGUGUCCAGAUUGCCCCACAGAUAUAGACUUGGAUUCAAACGAUAUGGAGAAGGUGAAACUGACUCUGCAGCGGUUCAAUUCAGAAAGUGGAUCGCUCAAAUACUUUGCCUUGCUCAAGGUUACGAGGGCAACAAUGCAGUGGGUUGUCGGCCCUUUCUAUUUUUUUGAAUAUACAAUUCAAGAGACCGUCUGCACAAAAUCCAUGACUGAUGUCAACGUUGAUCAGUGUGAAAUGAACAAGUCGGAGUCUGCUAGAGUGGGAUUCUGCAAGGCAUCACACCUAAGUGGACCCCACCUUCCACUCUCUCCUUCGAUCGAUGUAAACUGUGAAAUAUAUGAACCUGACCGCUUGGGUGACAAACCCGAUCCCUUGCUGGGUUCUGUGGAAGUUCGUCCCUCUACUUCCACUUUGCCUCCAAGACUACGACCGAGAAGCAAGAACUGUCCUGGAGAUUCUACAAUUCCCAAGGAGAUGUAGUUCUGAACAUGGCCGACCAAGAAGACUUUUCUGAAAAAAGCAGCACUGCUGUUGAGAUGUUGAAUGUUCAAAAUAAAGAUAAGAAACAUUCCAAAUUGUUCUAA